AUGUCCAUAUCCCAGGACACCUCUCAAGAUGCCGAUGACUUUCCCUGGGAUCUUGGCGUCUAUGACGCGCACUGUCAUCCGACCGAUACAAUGGCCUCGGUCGCCCAUAUCUCCGCCAUGAAAGCGACGGCCCUCACUAUCAUGGCUACGCGGGGCGAGGAUCAAGACUUGGUACAGCAGACGACGGUAUCCCUCAAUGGCGAUACAGAUGCAGCGUGGAGAGACCGAAUCGUGCCAGCAUUUGGAUGGCACCCGUGGUUCUCACAUCAGAUCCUGGUUGAUACAAAACCAGGCAGUCCGCAAGACAAAGAUGCCCACUACACAGCCGUCCUAACACCCUCUCCAGCCGCGGAUCCCGAAUUUAUACAGCGCCUGCCACAACCGAAACUGCUAUCCACGCUAAUAGCCGAGACACGAGACCGAUUGAAACAGUUUCCGAAUGCUCUCGUCGGCGAGGUGGGGUUAGACAAAUCGUUUCGGUUACCGGGGGCCUGGACACAACAAACCCUCGAUAAUCGCGAUGAAGAGAUUACCCCCGGGUCGCGGGAAGGCCGGCGUCUGUCCCCUUACAAGGUCAAGAUAGAUCACCAGCGACUAGUAUUGAAGGCACAGCUGCAGCUAGCCGGGGAAAUGCAGCGCGCCAUCUCGGUGCACAGUGUACAAUCGCAUGGAGCAGUCUUUGAGGUGCUCAAGGAGUUAUGGAAAGGACAUGAACGGGUAGUCUUGUCCCGACGGGAACGAGAAAAGUUACAAGAUGCUGAAGGGGCAAUAUCCGAAGAUGAAGAUGACGAAUAUAGACAAGAGAAGCAUCAAACCACCACCACCAACAGUAAACCGCCAAAUACCCAGCGAUCGCUCCCAUUCCCUCCACGCAUCUGUAUGCACUCUUAUUCCGGACCUAUCGAGCCAAUCCGGCAAUUUCUGCACAAGUCCAAUCCGUCGGAUGUCUACUUCUCCUUCUCGGCGGUCAUUAACUUCAGCGGACUAUCCGCGCGGAAAGUCUCUGAUGUAAUCAAGGCAUUGCCUGCAGAUCGCAUUUUGAUUGAAAGUGAUCUCCAUACCGCCGGGCCGCAGAUGGAUAAGCUACUUGAAGAUGCGGCGCGACAGAUCUGCGAGGUGCGUGGAUGGGACCUGCGGGAAGGGGUGCAGCAGCUGGCAGAUAAUUGGCGACGUUUCGUCUUUGGAUGA